UUAGUUAUUGUUAUCUGGAAGAAAUUGAAGGAAAGAGCAGAACUGUUUAUUGCACCAAAAAUAAAGAGUUUAGCUACUCCUGCACCAACCAGCUGCUAAAUCAUUUUUGCAAUGGAGGAAACAACUCCCAGCUAUGAUUACUUCUACUAUCUUAGCCCAGAUGCUCCUGAAGAAAAUUGCCAGAUUCUGAAGCUGCCCAAUAUGGAAAUUCUUGUGAGUGUUCUUUAUAUUGUUAUUUUUCUUGUGGGGAUAGUGGGCAAUGGUCUUCUGAUAGGAGUAUUAAUCUCCAAACAACGUGUAUGGAGGCUUACUGAUACCUUCAUUGUCAACUUGGCAAUUUCUGACUUUAGUUUUCUUAUCACAUUGCCUUUCUGGAUAGACAAGGAGCUAGCCUCAGGACUUUGGAGAUCUGGCUUUAUUCUGUGCAAAGGCAGUUCCUACAUUAUCUCAGUCAACAUGUACUGCAGUAUUUUUCUUCUGACUUGGAUGAGUGGUGACCGGUACUUGACCAUCAUGUACCCCUCAAUGGCCAGAAAAAUUAGAACAAAGCUUUAUCCUAUUCUUGUUUGCAUCUGUGUUUGGAUACUAUCCUGCCUGUUAGGGCUGCCUACUCUACAGUCCAGAGAGCUGAGAAGAUACAACAACAAUACCUAUUGUGUGGACAAGGAAACCAUAUUCAACAAUUGGAUUGGAUCACUGAUAUUGCUAAUUUUAGCUUUCUUUAUACCACUGUUCAGCAUACUAACAUUGCAUUAUUCCAUAAUUAAAAAACUCUAUGUGCACUAUCAGAAAUUUGGGAAACAUGACAAAAAACUAAGAAAAUCCAUCAAAAUUGUCUUCAUAGUAGCAGUAGUUUUUCUUUUCUCAUGGACUCCUUUCAACAUCUUUAAGAUCUUGGCUUUGAUAUCGAACAACUCGGAACUGCAGCAAUCUUUCUGCCUUUAUUAUAAAAUUGCCCAUCUGGGCAUGGAACUGGGUGGUCUAUUUGCAUUUGCGAACAGCUGCACAAACCCCUUCAUCUACUUCUUCUUUGAUAAUUGCAUCAGGAGGACCAUAAUACAAAGUAUUCUUCCAUGCAGGAAAUACAAUAGACCUGGAAGCAGUUUUUCAAGCUUGGACACUUAG